AUAAACUACAUCCCGGAGUGGCCGGAGAUGAUUGGUCCGCUCUGUCCAGGUCCACGGUUCCCGGUCCCAGCCAGAGCCAGAGCCAGAGCCAGACAACUACCUAGGCAGUGUCGUAAUUAAACUUUAGCGUCAAAGAAAGUAAACGCAUAAAUAGCCGAAACCACAAUUCCCAACGGGCUCAGGGAGCGUUUAGCUAGCUACGUUGAGUUGUAGUCUCUAACUGAGACCAAUCGUGCUGGUGAUGGCAAGUGGCAGGACACGCAGCAAGUGAGCUGUGUUUACGUGCUCUCUCGGCCCCGGUUGAACUCGUCCCCUCCAGCGAGAUAGAACAAGCCAUGCCAGUCCUGGCGAUGGCAGAGCCUGUGCUUGAUCACCAGAAACGGUUUCAGGCUGCUGUGGAUGUGAUCCAUAACCUCCCCAAAAAUGGUUCGUACCAGCCAUCCUAUGACGUCAUGCUGCGUUUCUACAGUCUGUACAAGCAGGCGGUGUGUGGACCCUGUACAGUGUCUCGACCUGGCUUCUGGGACCCAGUGGGUCGCUACAAAUGGGAUGCCUGGAGACGCCUGGGAGAGAUGAGCAGUGAGAGUGCCAUGGCAGCAUACGUGGACGAGAUGAAGAAAGUAGCACAGGAGGUCAUCGACAGCGUACCCAUGACUGAGAAGACGGCCUCGCUCUUCCACCACUUCGAGCCUCUCUACCUGGUGAUUGAUGACAUGCCGCGGCCUCCGGACUCCCUGCUCACACUCCGAGAAGGUCUGAAAGGCAGUGAGCAUGCUGACAGGCCAAUAGAGAUGAAGGAUGAGGAUCAGGAGCACGGUGGCCCUGAGGAAGCUUCUUCUCUUCCAGACGGGUCAGACCCAGAUCCCGAGUUCAGCCUGUCUGAGGUUAUAGACCUCACUGCCAACACCAUCGCUAAUGCAGACUCGGGUGUGUGUGAGGGUUUGGUGUUGACCAGCGACUCGGAGAGCGAGAUCUUCUGUGACUCGGUGGAUUCAGUGGAGCAACUGGACAACCUGACGAUUCCAGUUCCAGUCCAGACCAAUGGUUUUCACAACGGCCAUGUGUCGCCGGAGUCCUCUCCUGUCCGGAGCCUUCAGCUGGAAGGCGGUCUGGAGGUCCGACAGGUCGGGGCCGGUCACGGUGGAGAGGGGGCCGAGGAUGGGAAGGGUCCGGGUCCCAACAGGAGGAGUCGAGACUCCGGGCGGGAAGGUUCCUACCACAACUGGAGAGAACGCGGUGUUCCUCAGGGCGGUCCUCGGUGGGGGCCCCCGGGCGGGGGCGGAGGGGCUGGGCGAGGCGGAGGCGACGGCUCGGAGGGGGGGGCAGAGAGGCUGCAGGACGCCCAGCUCCAGCAGCAGAUCAUGCUGGCCCUGCGCAGGCUCCGGGAGGACAUGAGGAGCGUGAUGGAGCGGCUGGAGGUGGUGGAGAGGCUCGCCGCCACACACGCCCAGAGUUCAGAGUGGAGACCGUGUCUACAGUGUUCAGCCUCAAAAGAGCAGGAGGAGAAGUGGUGGCUGUUUGACGUGUCGGGUCAGACCGUCGUCCUCUUCCUGGUGUGGCCGUUUGUUGCUCAGGGUCUGGUCUACCUGCUGAGGAGGGCGCAGAGAAAAGGUCGCGUAUCCUCAUGAAGUAAGCUGCUGAAGACGUUCAACCACUCACCUAUAGUAAUCCAUCGGCGCGAGAUGUUUAAUUUGUACAGCGGAAGGGAUUGAAUCCGAUAUGAAUUCAUCGUUCCGUGCACUGAAAGGAGGGAGAGACGUUUGCCGACUUGCUGUCUGCUUGGAGAGCGAUGUAUCUGGCAGAGUUGUACACCUCAGGAUCCAGAAAUCCUCUCUCACUCGCUACAGCACAUCCAUCUUUAUUUAAAUGAUUCCAGUGUAAUAAGCGGGCGUGUGUUGGGCAGCAGGAAGCAGAUAAUGAACAUUAUAUUGUCUUUACCAAACAUGGAUCUGAUCAUGAGCCUGAGAUACUGAUUAAGCCUGAAUAAAGACUUGGAUUAUAUUAAUAUAUUACUCAGUUUAAUGAAACAUGUACAUUCAACAUAUUCUGUGUACUUUGGGGUUUUGCUACCAUAACAUCAAUGCCUUUUGUAAUAUUCAGAAUAUUAUCAAAAUUGCACAAUGCAGCCAAAGUAUCAGCUUUCAAAUGGAAGAAGUCGAUGUACAGAUGUCUUGCCAAUAAGUCAUGUAGUUGUAAUAAUGUCACAGUCUCUCUGCUAUGGGAAGGGACCAUUCUGUAUCGGCUGAGAUAACUAUCGCUACACUUGUCAUUUUUAAUUGUAAUCUUUCAGAUCAGAUUCUUGACCAGUGUUUCUUUUGACUUAUAUUUAAGUCUUACAAUGAAAUAGUCUUUUCAGUGCUCUGUUGCUCUCCUAGGCUGCUUUUGUGCUAACUGUACAUUGCUUACAACUUCUGAACAGUCGCGCCUAUGUAUCUAAUUAUGUAGAUCAAAUGUCAAUGUUAACUAAAUCAGAUUGUUUGGUUAGCGCUGGAGUCAUCUAUCGUGACUCCAGGUGUAAUCACAUGAUAAAAUGCACUGCAAUGACUAGUUUAAUUAAGACUGUCACCAAAUGAUUGAAGAACUGUAUCAAAACUGCCCUGUAAUGUAACGGUCAUGUAUAAUAAUGCAUGAGCUCAAAUUAAAAAUCUAUAUUGAAUAGAA